AUGAGCAGGAGUCCAAGCACGUCCUUCUCAUCGAAAAUCGGACAACUCAUCGAGCGAAACCCAAACUGUGGACUGCGCGACAGCUCAAAAAACAACCGCCAUGUGUCGCACAAAGCUGACCACGACGCUGAGUUUAGAUUCGAGCUCUUCCUGCUAGACGACGGUCAGCAGAAGGUCGAGGAGAAGGCCGAGACCCGCGUUCCCAACACGGCCGUCUUCACAUUCAACAAAGAAGACCACACGCUCGGCAACCUCCUCUCGCAACGCCUCCUCAAGAACCCCGCCGUCAUGUUCGCCGCGUACAAAGUCCCCCACCCGCUCUUCGCUACUUUUGAACUCCGUGUUCAAACCGAUGGAACUAUUACACCCAAGGAAGCUGUCAUGGCUACUUGUCGAUUGGUCAUUCAAGAUCUGUCCAAGCUGAAUGAAAGCUUUCAGACAGAGUGGCUGGGCAAGAGGAUUGUGUCCGAGGGCGAGGCGGAGAGGCAACAGCGGGAGCAGAAUAACUUCUAG